CAGGAAGUGUGGCAGUCUACGACUUAACUGCGGGCGAGUGGUAUGGAGGUCUAUGAGCAGGUCCAAAAGGGACCCCUGAAGCUGAAAGGCGUGGCAGAGCUCGGCGUGACCAAGCGGAGGAAGAAAAAGAAGGACAAAGACAAGGCGAAACUCCUGGAAGCGAUGGGAACGAGCAAGAAGAACGAGGAGGAGAAGCGGCGUGGCCUGGACAAGAGGACGCCGGCCCAGGUGGCCUUCGAGAAGAUGCAGGAGAAGCGGCAGAUGGAAAGAAUCCUGAAGAAAGCAUCUAAAACUCACAAGCAGAGAGUAGAGGACUUCAACAGACACUUAGAUACAUUGACAGAGCAUUACGACAUUCCCAAAGUCAGCUGGACAAAGUAGCCUCCUGUCCCUGGGUCUGGAGCGGCAUCAAGAGCAAGAAGAAGGCCAAUUUGGGGUUAUGCUUGGUCCCUCUGGUAUUUUCUAGAAACAGUGCUUUCACACGCCCUCGUGGUUUCUGCUGUGACAGUACUUUUGGAACUUUAGUUUGGAACUGAUUAAAGUAAGUACUGUCCUUUUACUCAACUUAGGUUUCUUGGUAACACAUGGAAGAUACACCUUUUUCAUUUGGAUAGAAAGUGUUGAAGGUUCAUCUAGAGGUAAAAGUCAUUUCUUUGUGCCAUGUAAAAAUGAUUUUACUUCCAAGUCAUGGCUAACCCACUGAGGCCAGCCAGCUGUCUUCACCUGGAUGAGACAAACUCCAGAGGAUAAGGAGCUAAUGCUAAUGUGGCCUGCAGUAUGCAGACCACUGCAAACCCUGUAUGGGUUGCCCCAGGAAGCCCCUCACAGCUUUGUGGCCUUCACACUGCCUCUUCAGUCACCUAGCCAGUGAGACAACACAGCAUGGGUAGCAGAACCACUGCCAAAGGCAAGGAUGGGGUUUUGCCAUGACAGUCAUUGCCAGUCAAUCACAGCAGUCUUUGUAAUGGAGCCCAGACACAGCCCGCCUCAACAAACCUCAACCUAGACUGCAAGCAGCCUCUCGUAUUCACUCAGAAUGGGCAUACCACGUGGAGCCAAGUGUUGAGUCUGGGGCUGUCCUGUGUAAACAGAAUAAAGCAAAAUCUAGUUCUUAAAUAGAAGUUUGAGUGUCUUACUAUAGGCUGAUUGUCACAGACAUGCCACCUUUUGGAUUUAUGGCAUGUGAAGAAUGUGUGAUGUAAAACAACUCAGUUUGGAAAACCUUCAAUGGCACAUCUGUUUCCACCUAGGGUUCACACCUCAGGGACAUGACGUGCUCUCAUUAGUAGUAGCUCCUUCUGGCGGUGAUUCUCUCAUUGUCUGAUGGAAAGACAGUUUCAGGCUUUUUCCUCCAUGAGCUAGCAGCUAGGGUCUAUGUGCAUGUGGUUCUUUGAAAAGCUUUUAUCAGUGUGGUGAAACAGUUUAUUUUGGUCAUCCAUCCCUGCAUAACCUCUCCAAAAUAUAGUGGCUUAAAACAAUAAGGAUUUAUUAUCUCACAAUUCUGUGGGUUGACUGUACUCUACUGGAAGGUUCUGCUUCAUGUAGUGUGGUUUAAUUCUGUGGUCGCCGGCCCUUGGGCUGGAGACAGGUAUGGCAUGUUAGGAAUUGCACUGCACAGCAGGAUGUGAGCAGUGGACAGGCAAGCAAAGCUUCAUCUAUAUUUGCAACUGUUCUUCAUAACUCACAUCACCAUCUGAGCUCUGCCUCCUGUCAGAUUGACAGCAUCAGAUUCUCAUAGAAGAGAACCCUGCUAUAAACUAUAUGUGAGGGAUCUAGGUUGCACACUUCUGAGACUAAUGCCUGGUGAUCUGAGGUGGUGAUGCUAGCUCUGGGGCUGUCCAGUUGCAGGAAGACAAGCUCUUGGCUCCCACUGAUUCUGCAUUAUGGUGAGAUGUAUAAUUAAUCUAUGUAUUACAAUGUAACACUAGAUAUAAAAUACAUAAUGUAAUGCAAUUGAAUCAUCCACCCAACCCCUAGUCCAUGGAAAAAUUGUCUUCAUGGUGCCAAAAAGGUUGGUUCACUCAUUUAGCUAUAUUGACUUACCUGUAGCUGAAAAGUCCAAGAUAACAUUUCAUCCUCUGAGUGUCCCCACAUAGCCUAUUUCAUUGGCCAAGAGCAAGUCACACAACACAGCACAGAGUCCAGGGGGAACUACACAAGGGAAGGUACACCUGAAGUUGUGGUUUGUUGGGGGCCAUCACUGUUACUGUCCGUCACAGCUGUUCUCAAAGUCUGCACAUUAGAAUCUUUAAGAACUACCGAGGGAUGGCUCAACACCUGUAGCUCAGUAGUUAGGGCAUCGGCCACAUACACCGUGGCUGGUGGGUUCAAACCUGGCCUGGGCCUGCUAAACAAGGACAACUACAACAAAAAAAUAGCUGGGUAUUGUGUCGGGUGCCUGUAGUCCCAGGUACUUGGGAGGCUGAGGCAAGAGAAUCGCUUAAGCCCAAGAGUUUGAGGUUGCUGUGAGCUGUGACACCACAGCACUCUACGGAGGGUGACAUAGUGAAAGACUCUGUCUCAGGAAAAAAAAAAAAAAAAAACUACCGAGGCCUGAAACCCAUGUCUAGAGAUUCUGUUUUAAUUGGUCUAGGGUGGGAUUUGGUCAUUGGGAUUUUUUAAGAGUUCCCCAGAUAACACUUACAUGAAGUAAAGUUUGAGAAACCCUGAUCUAUUAUAAUAGGUAUGGUCUUAUCUGUAUUUAUUAAAACUUUCUGAUCCUGUGUUAAACCUCAUCUGGUAUGAUUUUCCUGUUCUGCUCUGAUGUUGGAAGAUUUACAACACUGUUGUAUUCUUCACAAGCCCUUGUUCAGAAAUUGCAUAAAAUGAAACUACAUAUAACAGAAACACUUAUGGCUUCGAGAAAGGAUUUUCUAAGUGAUCCAAAAAAAGAAAAUACUUCAGGAAUAUGAAUUAUGUGCCUAUCGAUGUGAUAUGAAAAUGAUGUGUUCCAUGACAAGAGGUUAGUGAAAUGCUGAGUACAUUCCUUGGUCCUCAAACACAUUUGAUCACUGGUUAUAGGCAGAAACAGCCUGUUGUACUGGGGGAAAAAAAAGUUGUUUUUUUUUUCUAGAACAAAUGACUUUACUACAAUGCAACUAGAAAUCAUUGACCUCUAGGAGGCUACAGUUAAGAAAAAAGUAAUUUUAGCAUUUACACCAUUUCACAGUUCUACUACGUGAAGGUAUACACAGGGGACAACCCAAGCUGGUCCAAAUGCAUAAUACAGUCCUUUAUUAUAAAAAUAGUAGUAGCAUUUCCAAAAGUUGGUCUUGAUUAAAAGUACUUCCAUGGUUGAAAACAGUACUCCACCACAGAGCUAUUAAACUAGAGAGAUGGCAGGGGAGAAAUAAAGACUUCUAUUGCUAAGGAGAGGUCAGAGAAAAAGUUGGCAAAAACAGGAUGCUACAGAUUGGUGGGUGCCUACAAUGGAAUUGCUUUUAGGGGCGGCUGACGUAAGUGAACGAAGGAACACAGUAACCCCGAAACCCCAUGUAUUCUACAAAACAAAUGAGACCAUGUAUGCUCCACUUGGAGGAACAUCCAUUUUCUUUCUUUAAAAUAAAUUAUUUAUAAAAGAGCAAAUUGGUGAUUUGUACUUACAGACUGGACCCUUUUUAAGCG